AGUGGCGUAAUCGCUGAGCCGGACGGAAGUGGCGUCGCUGGAGACCACCCGCCGAGCGCGGAGGGACCGGGCCCGAGCCCGGGCCCGGGAUGGACCCGGCGGCCGAGAACCGGCAGCAGCUCCGCAGCCUGCGGGACUUCCUGCUGGUCUACAACCGCAUGACCGAGCUCUGCUUCCGCCACUGUGUCUGCAACCUCAACUACCGGCUGCUCACGGGCCGCGAGGAGUCGUGCCUGGACAGCUGCGCCGCGAGGCUGGUCCGUGCCAACCACCGCCUCAUGGGCGCCUACGUGGGACUGGUGCCGGCACUGCUGCAGCGUCGUGCAGCCGAGCACGGGACAGCAGCGCAGCUGCCCGGACUCCCGGCCUCCCCAGACCCGGCCCCGGGCCCCGCCGAGCCCUCGCCAGACGCUCCCCUUGCCAGCACGUAGCAGCACCCGGGCACAGCCUCCCACGGCAGCUGGACGCGACCGGCACCACCCGUGCCCUUGGCCCCGGGAGCCCCCAGCAGCGGCUGGGCGCUGCAGGGCACAGGGGCUGUGAGGCGCAGGAACGGGAGGAAAACCCCCCCAGCCCUCCUGGUUGCGGAUUUCUGGGAAGUGGAUUGUUAGUCCAAAUAAAACAUCUUUACAGGAA